AUGGCCUUUUCGGAAACUUGGUUAACGCCCGAUAAUACCAAUGAUCAGCUCCUAUUAUCAACUUUUCAUCAACCUGAACGCAAAGACCGUGACUCGGGGGGUUACGGUGGAAUUAUUAUAUACGUGAAAAAUUCCUUGUCGUAUAAACGGCGACACGAUCUUGAAAUUAUUGGUAUUGAGUGUAUAUGGAUAGAAAUCUCUGUUCAAAAUAAUAAGAAACUUCUCCUUGGUUUGUUUUAUCGUCCACCUAAUUCAAAUGCUUUUACAGAUCAACGUAUUGAAGAAUCUAUAGACUUAGCGUAUAAUACUGGAAUUGAAGACUUAGUUAUAACCGGGGACUUUAAUUUAAAUCCAGCUAAUACUACUUCGGCUAGGAAACUUACUGCUCUAUGUACCCAGUUUGGGCUUACACAAUGUAUUGACGAGUCGACACACUUUACCGAACAUUCAUCAUCCAUUAUUGACCUUUUCUUACUUCGUAAUAAAAGCUCCCUUCUUCUAUGCGGUGUUGGAGAUCCCUUUUUAGAGCAGAAUAUUCGUUAUCAUUGUCCCAUAUUUGCUUUCUUUAAAUUUGUGAAACCAAAAUCUACUUCGUUUAAACGACAUAUAUGGCUUUAUGAUAAAGGUAACUACAACGAGUUUCGUCACGAACUCUCUCUUACUGAUUGGAAUGCUUUGUACAGUCAGGAUAUUAAUGUUUGGGUGCAAAAUUUUACUUCCUAUCUACGCGACCUAUGUGUUAGAUUUAUACCUAAUCGAACCGUGAAUAUUAAGCCACUUGAACCUAAGUGGCUUACAUCAUCGAUCAAAUGUCAGAUUCGCAAACGUAAACGCUUGUACCGCCGUGCUCGUUUAACAAAUCUUACUUCUGACUGGAAUAAAUUUCGAACAUUGCGCAACCAAACUAUAUCGGAUAUUAAACUGGCUAAAAAACAACAUUCGGAUAAAGCUAUUGACUCUCUUUUGAAUAACCGUGGUAAUAAAUCAUGGUGGUCAGUCAUUAAAUCAUUUAUGUCACCAAGCUAUACUAAUUCCAUACCACCCUUACAAGUUAAUUCAGAUGCAUUGUAUGAUGAUGCUGAAAAGGCCAAUGCAUUCAAUGACUUUUUUGUUGCUCAAAUAAAACUUAACGCUGACCCUCAAGUUGAUCCCCAGCCACCUCACUAUAAUGUUAGAACACAACUAUCUAACAUACAUUUUGAACCUGAUGAAAUUAUUCCAAUUCUACAGUCGUUACCACUUGGAAAAGCCAAUGGCCCUGACCUUAUAAAUAACCGUAUUUUAAGGGAAGGAGCUGUUCAAUUAAGUGUUCCUUUAAGCUGCAUUUUCAAUAAGUCUCUCGAGGAAGGUAUUUUCCCACUCAGUGGAAAUUAG